AUGCCACUUCUGUUGAACAUCGUAGUAUUUUGUUGGCUACACUUGCGGUCGUGGAGGCGCACACUCAGGGCACCGUGGUCACAGACCGCGGACACUGGCACAGUUCUGGACGGAGUGAGGUCAAGAUGUGGUUCGUGCUACGUGGCGAGCACCGCCCGCAUGAUGAUGGUUAUGAAGCUGGCCCUCUUGGAGCUGGAGGUCGCGAUGAGCACCGACCAGAGCCUGACCCUGGCCAAGAUAAUGAUGAUUAUGAAAAUGGGAAUGAUCCCCCUGCUGAUCCACUGCCUGGGGACCCUCAGGAGCCUGAUGCCAAAUAGUCUCGUACCCACACGGCUGCCUGGGGGUCAGGCUGGGAGCAUUUCGAUUCGUCGUCCAUGCAUGCAGUUCUGCUCGAGUUUGUUUUCCACUUGA